GCAUGACUCACGGCGAAGAAUUUUGGGAGGCUGAACGUAUUCUCGACGAAAAGGUGGAAAACGGCGUGUCCCAUUUUUUGAUUCAAUGGCUGGGCGAAGACUCAAAGGGUGAUCCGUGGAAACCAACCUGGGAACCCGAGGGGAACUGUACUAAAGCUCUGAUAAAAGAGUGGAAAAUAGUGAAAGGUGGCCGAAAAGUUAAACGACGAUCCUCUGAGAGAAAAAUUUCCAUCUCUUCAUGUGAUACUUUAUCUGAUGGCGGAGAUGUCGGAGAUGUCGGAGAUGAUCACGACUCAAGCGAGACAUCUACUAUUGUGGAUGACGGUGAGUACGAGUCGUUAAACGAUGCGGCGGAUGCUUCCAAUGAAAAUCUGGCCCCCGCCACCAAUUCCACUCCUGGUUUCCUUUCGGCCGUUGCCAACUUUAUAGGCAUUUCGACUUCACAAAAGAGACCUAAGGCUGAUUCUAAUAGCGAUGAACAAAUUGACGAGAUCAAGAAGGUUCGUACAAAAGAGUCACUCGACGAUGAAAAGAGUAAUGAAAUUUGCGAAAAAACCGAUGUCAGUGUUGCUCAGCAACUCCGGCAGGUCCAAACGCCAACAAAUCCAGUUCAACAAAAUUCUCUUCUGGAUAAUAAGGAUAACACAGUCCUGACCACAUCUAACGUGAGUAUGAGCACAAGAAACACAUGUAAUAGCGGUUACUUUCAUGCGCAUUCGAAUGCAUCAGGCUUGAUUAAUGAGAUUAAAAGUAAAAACAACAUGGUUGCUUUUUUACUGAAGGAAAAGGAAUAUUUGCAAAAGAAAUUGAAGCAAUAUGAAAAAAAUCGAAGAUUUCACCAGUCAAGGAAUCAAAUGUUAACGCAAGAAAACAUUAAGGCACGUAAAUUACUACAAGACAAGCAAAUAGAACUCACAAAGAUCUACUCGGAAUUGGAACGAGUUCUUGGAGAAUUUGAAGGGUCUCGGAAAUUGUGCAAUAAGAAGGAUACGAAACUGAAAGCCAUGGAGAUAGAGUUAGAGGAACACAAAAAGCAAUUCGAUGCAAAACAUAAGAAGGAUCAAAAGCAAAUCGCUCUUCUCAAAAAGACCAAUAACAAUCUGACCAUAGAAAACAAGAAAUUACUUGAAAAGACCGAAACCUCGAAAACCUUUGAUUUUUCGAUCUCCUCCGACCUCAAUAAUUUGGGACAAAUUACUCGAUCUUCCGGUAAUAUCCAAGCUCUCCGUGCAGAAAAUGAAAGGUUGACAUCAAAAAUCAACAAUUUGAAUCUCCAAUGUUCUCUUCAGCGACAAAAUAUGAUCGUGUUGGAAGAAAAGGUGAUGGAACAAGAAUCCCUUAUUCGACUGUUAAUGGACAUUCAGAAAAUCUCUCAACAUGGAGACCAAAGGGUCGAAGACCUGAAAAGAAAAGUCAGUAUGUCCAUUAACCCGCCUUUAUCCAAUACACUGCCUGUAAAUAUGAUGCCACCUAUAGGCGCACCAUUUAUAAAUGCAACGCCUGUAAAUGCACCACCCGUAUACGCGCAUCCUCCGAAUUCGAUGAAACCUUUUCCAACGCUAGAAUUUAUCCCGUGGAAUG